AAUGGGAAGAGCGGCGCGUGCGCACUGAGGGAAAGUGACGGUGCUGUUUCUCGUCGUGUGGAGGAACCCGACGGUGCUUUUUUGAAGCCGCCGCCAUGAGCUACGACCGGGCCAUCACCGUCUUCUCCCCGGACGGGCACCUCUUCCAAGUCGAGUAUGCCCAGGAGGCCGUGAAGAAAGGCUCCACCGCGGUCGGAGUACGAGGAAAAGACAUUGUGGUCCUUGGUGUGGAGAAGAAAUCUGUGGCAAAACUUCAAGAUGAAAGGACUGUCCGGAAAAUCUGUGCUCUUGAUGACAAUGUCUGCAUGGCUUUUGCAGGGCUCACAGCAGAUGCCAGGAUAGUUAUAAACAGAGCUCGGGUGGAGUGUCAAAGCCAUAGACUUACAGUGGAGGAUCCUGUCACCGUGGAAUAUAUUACACGUUAUAUUGCUAGCCUAAAGCAGCGGUAUACCCAGAGCAACGGCCGCAGACCUUUUGGGAUUUCUGCCUUGAUUGUGGGAUUUGACUUCGAUGGAACGCCAAGGCUAUAUCAGACCGAUCCUUCUGGGACCUACCAUGCUUGGAAGGCUAAUGCCAUUGGCAGAGGAGCAAAGUCAGUGCGUGAAUUUUUGGAAAAAAACUACACCGAUGAAGCAAUAGAAACCGAUGAUCUGACCAUUAAGCUUGUUAUCAAAGCCCUUCUUGAGGUUGUACAGUCUGGUGGGAAAAAUAUCGAGCUAGCUGUUAUGAGAAGAAACCAGCCUCUCAAGAUCUUGAGCCCUGAAGAGAUUGAAAAAUAUGUUGCCGAAAUUGAAAAGGAAAAAGAAGAAAGUGAGAAGAAGAAACAGAAGAAAACAUCGUGAGGAAUGAACUCCCAAUUCCAAAGUUGCUGGGUUUGGAUUUUGAAAACCAAUCAUGAGUUAACUCUGUAUAGUUGUGCAGGCAUUCCACUUCUGUGACCCUCAUAAGAGACCUACAAUAAACCACCUGGUUUUUUAAA